UAUUUUUAUUUGCGUCAGAAAGCAAGGUGCAAACAGAUAAGGUUUCGUUGAGUAAUAAGCCCUUAUCUCAGUUCCAUUUUCCCCGCACCAUCCACAUUUUUUCAAUUCUCUGUCAUGGAAGCUUGUCCAAUUCUAAGAACAACCUCACUGCCGCCAUUAAUCUCAUCAGCGCCGACCAAAAAUCUCCUCCCAUUUUCACUUCACACACCAAACCCUACUCAAUCUCCACCUUCUAAGUCAAACCUCACUCUUUCAGCAACCCGAAAAGGAUUUGGAUAUACCACCUCCCAAAAGAAAUCCAAAAGAUCCAAAAGAAAACCCAGAAAUGAAGAAGGUAAAGAGGAAGAUGAUGAAGAAGAAGAAGAAACGGAAGGGGUGAUUCCGGAGAUAGUGACGAAUCGGAUGAUUAGCAGAAUGGGUCUGACUGUAGGGAUCCCUUUGAUGGUAGGGCUGUUGUUCUUCCCAUUCUUUUACUAUCUCAAGGUUGGGUUGAAAAUCGAUGUGCCGACUUGGAUUCCUUUCAUCGUCUCCUUUAUCUGCUUUGGGGCAGCCCUGUUCGGGGUCAGCUAUGGGAUAGUGUCCUCUAGUUGGGAUCCUUUCAGGGAGGGCUCUCUCUUGGGCUGGAACGAAGCUCAGAAGAAUUGGCCUGUUUUCCGGCAAUCCAUCUGGGGUGGGUCCACAAAGAAUAAAAGUAAUUUAUAGCUGUGAUUUUUCUUUUUUCUUUUUUUCACUAACUAAUUCUAUGUAUUUUCCUUUUUAAAAAAAAUCUAUGUGUUUUUGUCACACUUACAUAAUGAUGAAUACAAUUAAAUUUUCUGAUAA